ACACACACACACACAAACAGACACACACACUGAGGCAGAGGAGGGGAAAGCAGAGCUCAAGCGAAAGAAGGUCUCAGGCAGCAGCAGCGAGCGAAGAAAAUGGCGAUCAUGCAGGACGAGUUCCUCCCCUCGUAGAUGCUGCACAACGAGCUGACUUUCUUUUAGCCUUACCGCCGGCUGUCCCUUUCCACUCUGUUGCACUUUACCCUUCGAUGAGAGAUUUGGAAUCGGAAGCUGUUGCCACCAAAGAAACUGAAGCAUCUUAACAGGGAUCAAACCCAUAGAGGGAAGAACAGUGGAUGGAAGAGAGAGAGAGACGGAGAGUGUGAAGAGGAAGGAGGAUAAGAAAAUACAAGACUGGACAAAAGUGCCGGAGCACACCAAGUUGAGGCAGAGUCCUAAAUUGAAACCACCACCCCCCUUCCCCCUCCCCGCUCACACACACAAACGUGCACACACAAACACACAUACAGUCUUCAGCAAUGCCAACGGGGCCUGGUCAGCCUUCUGCCCGCUCUGAUAAGCCCCGCCUUGUCACUUCAGGCCCUUGAGGCUGUGUCCUCCUGAGCUUCGACUUUUGACCUCCCCUUUGUCGACCUGGGAUCCAGAGGUCACCCGUUCUCCACUCAGCCCAGGGACGCCCUCCUGCACAGCCAGGAGCCGCAGCCACAAGCCACACUGACAGGCAUGGCUCCCAUUCGGGAUUCCGUCAGCCACUCCCCUAAUCAAACAGGUCUGGAGCAUCCUGGCUUGGAAUCGCAGUAUGAGCCUUCCCCAUGGUCCUCUGGCUCUCCCUGCAGCAGCGAUAGCAACAGCAACUGGGGCAAAGUCCUAGUGGACGGAAGUACCGACAAACCCAACAUCCCCUCUUCAACCAACUCUUCUGUCUGGCCUCCCUCCUCUUCCUCUUUCUCUUGCUCCUCUUCUUCCUCCUCUUCUGGUUGUGGGUCAGGAUCAGACCCUGAGCUGGCAUCAGAAUGCAUGGACGCUGACUCUAGCUCCUCAAUCGGCUCAGAGAAAAACCUCUCUGCUGUUGCUGUGACAACAGUGAUGAUGAUGUCAGCAAAUGCUUCCUCCUCUGUGUCUUCUACGGCUUCUUCCCCCUCUUCGGUGACGUCUGCCAUGAUGGUUGGCGUUUCUGUAAAUGGAGACAGCAACGGCAACAGUCGCCAGGUUAUUGGUGGAGGAGCAAAUAAUGGAAAUAACAAUAUCACAGGGUCCUCCCACUACUCCGUGGCGGGGUCCAGCAGUAUUGGCAGCAAUAACAUGGGUAGCCACAACAUCAAGCUCGUCAACAGCAGUAGUGUAUGGGGCACCCAGUCAGGCAGCAACAUGAUUACCACAGGUGGAAGCACCCCCUGCAUCAACGGAGGGUUAAGCCCAAACACUUCAAACCCAAAUGCCAACCACGGUGCCUGGCCCCAGAGUCCAACCCCAAGCCCAGGGUCCCUGGGCCAACGGCCUCCGGGGAUAAGUUCCAAACUGGGUAUAGCCCCCCAACAGGGCUCCUUGCUGGGCUGGGGUGGCAUGGCAGCUCCAGACAACAGCAGUAUGAUGGAAGUCACUGAUAUGAGUAAUGGUACAGCAAGCAGCAACAGUGGAAAUGGUGGCCUGCAGUCUACCAACCUUAACACUGAAUCCAAUGGACCAAAUAACACUAUUAUGAUGAAUACUACUACUACUACUACUAAUGCCACAAUGACCUCUAGUCCACCAAACUCUACCGCCUCACCCCAACUCAGUGGGGAUUGUUCCUGGGGUUCCAUUGGAGCAGGGAAUGGGGGUCCGCUGGCCAAUGGAAACCCCUCAUCAGCCCCCCAGAACCCACAAGGAGAGCCGGGGGUUGCUGGGGCCUUCGGUACGCCUUGGGGCGCAACUACCUACCCUGGAGACAAGGGCCCCCCAAAUGCAGACACUGUGAACCCACAAAAUCCUGCCUUAUUGCAGGCUGGAAACCCCCAAAUCUCCUCUACUGCUGCUUACAAGAGUAAUAAUAACCACAAUAACACUGGGGCCCCGCGCUGGGACCAGGGGCCUGCCAAUAAUCCAAACCAGCCUCAGAGCAACUCGUCCUGGGGUGUCGGCUCCAAUCAAAUCCCAGGCUCUGCAGGCCCAGGCAAUGGGAACCAAACUACGAUGGGCCCUCCAGCAGGGAUCCCUCGUCCCUGGGGGAGCAGCGCAUCAUCUUCUUCCUCAACCUCAUCGUCCUCUUCCACAACAAACAACAAGAUGUCAAAUGGAGAAUGGGGAUCAGCAGCUCCUGGUAACACCACAGAUGCUGGAAGUCAGAAAGGAAGCUCAGCCAACAAUGGCUGGAAGAGCCUAGAGGAUGACGCCAUGGGCAUGGGAGGUGGAGCAGGUGGAACCCAGGGCGUGGGCAGUGUCACUGCAGGCUGGGGUCGCUCUGGAGGAAGUGAGGGAAGUGGAGAAAGCUCUGGAGGUCAAUCUAGCUCAGACAAAGACGGCAGCCAGUCAAAAGGAGUAAACCGCAGAAAAGGUACCCAUUCUCCAACAGUAGCAUCAGCCCCGCCCCGGGUCGAUGUGGACCCCCGGGUUCUGUCCAACACUGGGUGGGGUCAGACUCCCGUACGACAAAACACCACCUGGGACGUGAAUUCUCCAAUUCCCAAUCAGCCCCAGGGUCCAAGAAGAGAUGACAGAAAGCACAGCAGUGGAGGCUCCAGCUGGGGUACAGCAGGACCGACAGCUCCCUCCCAGACCUCUGGAGGUUGGGGUGGUCGGCCGAACAGCUCAGGUCAGGAUGCAGGAGGUUCUGGCUGGGGAGACCAGAGACCAAACUCCAGUUGGGACAACAAAGUCUCAGCGAGUGGAGGUGGUGGGCAGAGUAACUGGAAUGAUGGAUCCAGCUACAAGGGCAGCAACACCAAUAGUAACACAUGGAGCAACAACUAUAACAAAGAUGACAGGUCCAAUACCUGGACUAAUGCGCCCAAAGCGCAGCAGGGCUGGAGUUCCAACAGUGGAAAUGGAACUGAAGGGUGGGGUAGCAGUGGAGAUGGUGUCAGAGGAGAUGGUGUCAGAGGAGGAGCCAACAAUCGCUGGGGGGAGCCCCAAAAAGCUGCUGGCUCAGCAGGCUGGGAGGGCGACAGCGACCGGUCUGGCAGCGACCGGUCUGGCUCUGGAUGUUGGAACGAUUCAAGCCGAACCAACACAAACACCAGCAGCGGCAACACCUGGGUCGGGAGUGGAGGAUCAAAUACUCAAGAUCAGAGCGCGUCAACCCAAGGUUCCAACUGGGGUGGCGAAUCAGUCCACAAACCCAAUUCUCAGAGUACCAGCCAGAGCUGGGGUGAGCAGCAGAAGAGCAACCACCACGGGGCCCAGACCUGGGGUGAGACGACUCCCAAGCCCUCCAACGAGUGGGGGAAAGGUACCGAACCCAACGUGUCCAGAAGCAACCAAGGAUCUAACAAGCCCUCAGGCUGGCAGGGAGGCCCCAUACCCACAGGAGGUCAGAAAGAGGAAGUGUCUACUGGGUGGGAAGAGCCUUCUCCAGAGUCCAUACGGCGCAGAAUGGAGAUCGAUGACGGCACCGCAGCUUGGGGAGAACCUGGCAAGAAACCUGUAGGAUCUGUCAACUCGUGGAACAAGACCAACCAAUCUGACCAGGAGAACAAGGGCCCGCCCUCUCAGCACCAGCCUCACCCUCAACCUCACCCCCACCCCCACCCUGCCCCCACACCCUCAGCCUCUCACCAUCCCCCCCACCCUCAACCUCACCCCCACCCUCAGCACCAGCCUCACCCUCACCCACCACACAACUCCAUGCAUCCCCCUCAGCCCAUGCAGCCUCCUGCCCAGGAGAAAAACUGCAAUCCUGGUUGGGGUGAGCAAUAUCCGCAGCAGAAGGAGUCCUCAACGUGGAGGGACCCCGCCCCGCCGCCUGUGUCGGUGGACAACGGGACGUCUGCCUGGGGGAAGCCCAUCGACAGCAGCUCCACUUGGGAAAAACCCAGCAGGGACAGCAGAGAGCCUGGUCCUGGCUGGGGUGGCCAGCAUAAGUCUGCUCCAGGUCCCAAGCCCAUGGAGACAUGGUGUGGUGAGGAUGGGUCAAUGGGCAACAGCUGGGACCAGGAAGAAGAGGUGGAGAUUGGCAUGUGGAGCAACAGCCAACAGGACAACAGGUCCCACGACCAAAACACCUGGAACUACAAGCAAAAAGGCUCAAACAAGAUGAACAAACCAGUCAACAAACAGGAUGAACCCUGGAUGAAACCUUUCAUGAACCAGUUCAGCGGCAUGAACUUUCCUAGAGACUCUCCCGACGACUCCAUGAAGACAGGAGCGGGGAUGGUGCAGGACAAGCGCAUGGACAUGGGCAAUAUGGGAGACUACAAUGGAGUUAUGGGGAAGAACCCUGGGUCUCGACACCAGCUCCACAAGGAUUCUCCCAUGGAUCGCAGCCCUUACUAUGACAAGCUAUCCGCUUCCCCCUCUGCUUAUGAUGAGCGCUCCGCCAAUCAAAGUAUGAGCUUUUGCCCUUCCAAUUCUGCUCAGCCUGUCCCCUGUCUCGACUCUGAGUCUCCUGCCCACUCUAGUCCUGGGGCUGCUCGACGGAAUGUAAACCCAAUGUUGGGUGGCAGCAGCGUAGCACAGGGCCGAGGCCCCCAGUCCCAAGUCCCCCCCCAACCCAACCUUCGUAACCAAGUGCCUCCACCCAUCCUGCCCUCUCAGGUCCCUCCAUCCCUGUUGAAGUACCCAGGAGGUAACGGAGGCCUGAACCCUCUUUUCGGACCUCAGCAGGUGGCUGUGCUCAACCAACUCUCCCAGCUCAACCAGCUGUCGCAGCUCAACCAGAUCAACCAGUUACAGCGUCUUCUCCUCCAGCAGCAGCAGCAGCAGCAACAACAGCAGCAGCAGCAACAACAGAAGGCUCAGAGCCAGAGAGCAAUGCCUGUGGGACGACAGCCUGAACAGACACGUCCUAUUGGUUCGUCUCCAUCAAUGAUGCAGCCCCCACGGCACCUGGACCCCUCUAUGCUGAAACAGGCCCCGCCUCACAAACCGUACCUGGAUAACUACUUGUCCCACAAUACACCCGAUAUGCAGAAGGAUGCUUCCUCUCUUGGAUCCUUCAGCAACUUCCCUUUAAGCUUGAACUCUAACAUGAAUGUAUCCCUGGACAUGGGUGUUGGUGGCGGUAGUAGUGGCGGCGGAUCUGUGAGCUACAAAGAGCCGCCCCAGUCCAGAAUGAAGAAACUGUGGGCUACUGACCCUCUGGAGCAGAACAGCAAAUCUGGUGCUAUGUCGUCUGGGCUGCGUCUGGAGGACUCUCCCUUCUAUGACUUCCUGUCUCCUGGCCCAUCUCCCCUGAGUCCUCCCGGCCAAUCAAUGGGCUCGGUGGGCGAUGGCUGGCCGCCCCGUGCCAACUCCCCCCCGCCCCUUGGAAACACUGUCACCUGGCCCCCAGAGUUCCGGCCCGGGGAGCCUUGGAAAGGUUACCCUAACAUUGACCCUGAGACUGACCCCUAUGUGACCCCCGGCAGUGUCAUCAACAACCUCUCCAUCAACACCGUCCGUGACACAGACCACCUCAGGGACAGGAACAACGGGCCAUCCUCAUCACUGAACACCACGAUGCCUUCUAACAGUGCCUGGUCAUCCAUUCGUGCCUCCAGCCACAGCGGUUCCCUCACCAGUACAGCACAAAGCACUUCAGCCAGACCCAGCGAGUCAAAGUGGUCUCCCGGUGGCGGUUCUGUGUCCAACUCCUCCCUAGCCCAUGAGCUGUGGAAGGUCCCCCUGCCCCCCAAGGCGAUGUCCGUGGCAGCCCCCUCCAGACCUCCACCUGGCCUCACCAGCCAGAAGCCCAGUCCUGCUUCCUCUGGCUGGGAUGCCUCUUCCCUGAGGUUGGGGGGUUGGGGCUCCACUGAGUCCAGAUACACACCUGGUUCCAGUUGGAGUGACAGCAGCAGCAGCAGCUCAGCGAGAACCCAAUGGCUCGUUCUGAAAAAUCUCACACCUCAGAUUGACGGCUCUACCCUGAGGACCUUGUGCAUGCAGCACGGCCCUCUGAUCACAUUCCACCUCAACCUGCCACAUGGUAACGCCGUGGUAUGCUACAGCACCAAGGACGAGGCCGCCAAGGCCCAGAAGAGCCUGCACAUGUGUGUUUUGGGGAACACUACUAUUCUGGCUGAGUUUGCCAGCGAGGAGGAAAUCAACCGUUUCUUUGCACAAGGGCAGUCACUGGCCACUCCCUCCUCCAGCUGGCAGGCCAUCGGCUCCUCUCAGACCAGAAUGGAUCAGUCUCACCCCUUUCCCAGCCGCGCUCCUGAACCGAACCAGUGGAACAGCAGCGAUCUACACAGCUCCUCCCUCUGGGGCGGGCCCAACUAUUCCAGUAGCCUGUGGGGGAGCCCCAGUGGCACCGAGGCAGGGAGGAUCAGCAGCCCUUCUCCAAUCAGCUCCUUCCUCCCGGUGGAUCACCUGACAGGGGGUGGGGACUCCAUGUGAACCGCCUGCCAAUCAAACUGGCUAGGGGAAGGGUCAGUAGAGAAUUAUCAAUAAUCAGCAGAAGAAAAUGAAAAAAAAAAAGUAGUUAAAAACACAAAGGCACUAGUUGGACUCUUUCUCACUUACAAGAUAUUCAACAAAACGGGGUCUCCCUGUGGAAUACAAGUUACGUUUCUCUCUCUGCACAUAUGUCCACUUUGUUUUAGCCCAAAAACAUAUCAGUCGGAAUACUUGAAUCAUGCAGGCCAAUUCUAUAAUGUGAACAGAUGGAUAUUUGCUUCCAGGUAGUGCUCUUUCAGACCGAAAAAAGCUUCAAUCGAGCUCAUUAUUAUAUAUAUAUAUUUUUUGUUUCAUUCAUCAUGUUUAUUUGAAUUCCAAUUCUUUUUCUUUGUUUUUUUUUCUUUUUUGCAUUUGUUUGCUGACAAUGUUGGAGUAUGAGCUUUUUUAACUUUGCACUGAAUGUGGUUUUUUCUCAGUAUAUAUAAUCUGCAAUAUAGAGGGAGCAGCCAGUUUUUCCAGUGUAGCUGUUUACUCAUUGAGGUCCUUACCGUAUGUGUGUAUACCUGUGCACACGCACGUGUGUGGAAGUACUUUGUGUGUGUGAUUGCGUGUGUGAAUGAGUAUGUGUGCGCUCCUCUCUGCCUUGGCACGCCUACCUUACUGCGUUGUCGUGGAGUUCAAGAUCAACAGAUAGUAGAAGAAGAGUAAAAGCUGACUUAGGAGGAUUAUCUGGUGAUAGUAAAAGUGACAUUAAAAAAAAAAGUAUUGCACCAAUUUUGUUUUAAAACUAAAGAACGUUGAGCUCUGCAGUGCAAAGGACUGUAGCCGCAGCUGGGACUAGCAAACCCCGCCCACCUUAAUAUAGGGGCGGGGUCUAUCUAGCAAGCCCUCCCGCGAGCCCCCUAGUGGGCAGGGGGGGGAACAGCACUUUCAGAAUAGGCUUUCAAUGUUUUGGAGGUGCCACACCGCAACCUCUUGUUUACAAGACUUAGGAGGCGAAACGUGUGUUCAUUCUUCAUUUUAAAGAGAAGAUGGAAUAAAAUAAAAUAAAAAAAAUACACAAAAAAAGUUCAAAAUCCUUUUUAAAAAAACUUGAAAAAAAACCUUUAAAAAAAAAAUAAGAAAAACAAGAAAAAAUUUACACUCUUACUGAGGAUGAAGAUGAUGCUUUGUAACUCUGGGAAUUCGGAUCAGUGUUUUUGGCCAUGGCGUUGGUUAUUUGAACUAUUCCUCUUUGUCUGCUAAAUAACCAGCAAUGGUUCUCAGGAAAUCAAGCCAGUUUUCCCCCCCUUGUAGUUGAAUAAAAAAAAAAAACUACUACUCCUUGUAGGAAAGGAAAAUCCAACUUCUAGCACUGAAAACGAUGUAUAGGUCUGUAAAAAAAAAAAAAAAUUCUCUGCCAAAUAACUGCUUUAAGCUGGAGAAG